UUAAUUUUAAGAUGUAUUAGAUUUUUCAAUAUUGUAGUUAAAGUCUGCUGUUAAAAGUGCUGGUCCUCUUGUCAACUGUCCUUAUCCACCUAUAUGGCAAGCCCUUUCAAACCAUAUAAGUCUGAGUGAUGCUGCAGUUGCGCCUGUAGAAACCCAUGAAAAGGCGCAGUGACAUCGCUGCAGCCAAUCCAAAGACUCCUGAUGAAAGUAGGUGGGCCAAGUCGCUUGUCUGCUUAUGUGAGAGCGCACCGCUUCAGACCAUCACGAAUUAUACUAAGGAGUGAAAUAACAACAAUAUCAAACAUCCAAAAUGGUUUAUCACUCGCUCGCCUUACCGAUGAUUUGUUUCACGACGCUAUGGGGCCUGGUUGGUGUGGUGGCCCCUUUCUUUGUGCCUAAAGGUCCUAAUAGAGGUAUUAUCAUCACGUGUUUGAUCUUGACAGCCGUCUGCUGUUAUUUAUUUUGGUUAAUAGCCAUCCUGGCCCAGACAAACCCCCUGUUUGGACCACAACUGAAGAAUGAAACCAUCUGGUACCUCAGAUACUUCUGGGAAUAGAUAUCUGUGUCAAGAUUCGUUGGAGGGACAAUGCCAAUUCAUCAUCAAUAAAUAUCAAAAAGUUAUGUUGUUUAAUUUGACAAUGCAUAUCAAUGUUAUUUAUGUAUAAUUUAUACAAUAUUAUUUUGUCCAGCCCAGAUUUUCUGAUUGUCUUGUAUUAUAUGUAAUUAACUCAGAGCUACCAGGUGUUUUGAUGCAAAGCAGCUUGAUCUGUACAUUGCUGUCACAAAUGUGAAAAAAAACUGAAACGUUUCCCUAUAUAUUGUAAAUUGGAGCCAUUUGUAAAUCUUAUUUAUAAUUGCUCAAAUAGUCUUAUUUUUCAGUCUGAAAUAAUAUUCCUCUCCAAAGCCAUUUGGAUUGUAUAUUGUCUACAUGUUUAUUUUAUGUGUGUGAUACGAAUAUUGUGUUGAUGUCAGUGUCAACCUAUAUCAAUAUUCCAAAAUGCAAUUCCUUACAGGGGCCAAAUCAGAAGGGGCCAAAUCUGAUAACAAGGAAAGAUAUAUCUGUGGGCAGUGUAAUAACAACAUUACAUGUGCUGAUCAUCUAUUCCGACUAUUCCGGCAUUCAAACUGGGCCGCCUGUGUUCCGUCUCCUACUCCUAAAGCAUGUUCAGCCACUCCCAAAUGUGUGGACUGCAGUGUUGUGUGUUGAUAGUGUUUAACUAUUUGUUUUGUAAUGUAGUGUUGGUACGGUUAUUUGACUGUGAUUGAUGGAUCAUGUGAUAGGGAUAAAUGUUGUUUAAUGCUGUCAGUCUUCACAUGCUACAACACAACACGAUUGAUGAAUUUUAUUGCCAACUGUAUACAUAAAUUAAAAAUCCCUGUUACUGGCUGAAAAGCUGUCCCAUUCCAAUGGUCUUUUUUUGGAAGCCUCUGUUAUUCCACAAAUGUUUGGAAGUACCAAGUUGAUCAAAUGUAAAUGUAAUGCUCAAGGUGCAUCUUUUAGUGUAGCGGCUAAUCUCCUACUUUCUCUUAAUCGUUUCAACCUUUUGUUGUUGCUCUUUUUGUACACCAACUUUGAACUGUAAAGUGAAAAUUAAAAGGUAAAACAACCCCCCAC